AGCACGUAUUAUUUGCGUAUAUUAAGACGUUAGAGAUAAUUGCGUGUUUUGGUUAACUACAGUGGCCGUAUAAUUCAAUCAGCCCCAUCAUCGUUGAUAAGUCAAAAUGAAACCAAGCAAUGAAGACCUUUUGCUAUCAAAAAACAACGCAAAAACUUUACUUUUUCGAAAUGCAGUCGACUCAGCAACGCUAAAGAAGGAAGAAAAAAUGAUCCAGAAGGAAAGGAAUUUGGAAGAAAAGAUAUUUCUUAAGCAAAGAGAGCAAUUAAUGCAGCGGCAGUCAGAUUUGGCGAUACAGUUGUCUCCCAAGUCAAGACGAAAAGAAAUGUUGUCUGCUUCUAAGUUAGUUUUACCCGAACAGUCGUCGCCUCCUCGCACAAGAGUCACAUUAUCAAGUGGGAAACCAUUUUCAGAUGCUAAACAGGCAUCUGCCAGCAGCCAUUUAACGAGAGAUGCACCUGUCCCGAGUUCUAAAACUUCUUUACCUGAGCAAUCGUCUCCUCCUCGCACUAGAGUCGCAGUAUCAAGCGGUAAAACAUUUUCACAUGGUAACCAUCUGUCUGCUAGCAACCAUUUAAUGCAAAAAGAUGCACAUCGUUCGAGUUCUCCUAUGCCUGAGCACUUGUCUCCUCCUCGCACCAGAGCCUUUACAUCAUACGGUAAAACGUUUUCCGAUGGUAACCUUUUGUCUGUAAGCAGUCAUUUACUAAGAGACGCACCUGUCUCGAACUCUACAAAUUCACUACCUGAUCAGUUGUCACCUCCUCGUAGCAGGGUCACGAUUUCUAGAAGCAAAACAUUCUCGGCGUCGGAUCGUCGAUCUGUGACCCCAACUGGCAAACCCGCGACAGUUUCACCUACACAUUCCACCUUCUCCUUGUCGGAUCAACAGCCCUCAGGAACUCGCUCCAGGGGCAAAAUGCCCGCAGAACUCAAAAGUAGAUUGAGUGAUAAUGUUUUGUCAGUUUCGCUUCCCGAUAUAAAUGUCGUGAGCACGAAAACAUUGAAGAAAAGCAGUGAGAUUAAGCUGUGGAAAGAGGAGCUGUCUCGAGCUGGGCAGAACGAGGGUAAUGAAGAAGCAAGUGUUAUUAAAGAUUGUGAGAACUUACGAGAGCGCAGAUAUUUGCGCACAAAUUCGGCGGAAAAUUAAUGAGAUAAUAUUAUACACACUAGAGGAGUAUGUCCAUUAACAACAGUAAUGUGAAAAUCAGACUAUUCAUCUGGGCCUGAUUGUUCAAACUCUGGUUAGCGCUUUCAACUGGAUAAGUAUCAGGGAAACCAUUUGCGUUAUCCUAUCCAACUUUUAAACAGUCAGGGCCCCAUUCAACUAUUUUGAAAGGUCUUAAAAUUGUC